ACACCUGUUCCGUUUGGCCGCACCUGGCCGGGCGAGGAGGAGACAGUUAUGAGAGUGCCGGUGCUGCUGGGGAGCUGUUAGUGCUGUCUCUCUGGGAAAUGGGGAGACUUGUGGCACUGCCCGGGGUGCUGCUCCUGCUGCUGGGCUACGGCAGGGCCGGAACAGUGCCCGUGACCAGCAAUGCCACUGGGAACUUUGUCACGGGAGCUGACAUUACCUUGCCCAUCUCAUACAGUACCAGUACAAGUCCGACAGUAACGUGGACUUUAAAUUCCACUGUAAUAGCCUCAUGGAAUCCCACUGGAAAUUCUGUACUGAAUGCCAGCAGAAUGAGUCUCUAUGAUAAUGGCUCCCUGCGUAUAAACCAAACCACUGCGGCUGAUCAAGGACAGUACAACGUCGCCGUGACUGCAAUCGGAUAUACAACAGGCACUCUGUCAUUUGCAGUAAGAUUCUAUGAUACAGUGCAGAAUGUGACCGUGACUCAGUCCCCGGCGGAGGUGACGGAGGGCUCAGCAUCUGUCAGUCUGACCUGCAGCGCAUUAAAGGGGCAAGGAAACGUGACGUGGGCGUGGGACAGGGGACCCCUGAAUGCCUCCUAUGGUGUCAGCUUCCUGGAUGGAAAUAAUACUCUUCAGAUUAAUCAGCCUAACAGGACAAACAAUGGGAACUACACGUGCACUAUGACCAACCCAGUGAGCAGUAAUUGGGGCACACGGAGUCUCGUUGUUUACCCUGCAGCCACAUCUAGCGGGUCCCUCAGUCCCGGAGCCAUAGCUGGCAUUGUCAUUGGCUCGGUGCUCGGAGCUCUGCUGCUUAUUGCUCUCAUUGUGCUAAUUGUAUGCUGUGUGCGGAAGAAGAAAGGUGCAAAAGAAAAGAGUCCUUCAGGGCCAAAGCAUAAGGAUGUUCUUCGCACAGUAUCUGGUACCACCCUGUCUCCUGAUGACCCUGCUUAUUUCACCCAAAACAAUAUCUUGUACCGAAACUCUUCCAUCUCCAUGGGUUCAUACAUCAUGGGACCUGGUCAGUUUACCCAGAAUGCUCUAAACAGGCCAAGCAACGGGCAUACUCGCUGGGAAACAACAACUCAGUCGUCCAAUGAAACUACCAGCCGCAAUACAAGCCCUGUCAAUACAAGUCAGUACAGUACCCCGAACAGACCCAAAAAUUUGAAGCAUGCUACCCAGGUCUGAUCUGCCUUCCCAACGGGCCAACUCACCUUCUCAAGGAGAUGGAUUCCCUUGCCUUGCCUUCUCCAGGAAUUCUUCUUUGAGCCAAACUGAAGAACCAAAAUGUGCCGGGGGUGUAAGGAAUAAUAUCCUUGCCCUAAAGCCAACCGGAAAAGACACUGCCAAUUGGCCACGUUCUCGGUCAAUAGUUAGAACUGAUAAGAAGGGCACCUAAAGGCUGCAGGCUGAGUUAUACAGGGAACUCUGAGUAUCUCUCAUGUAUUAUAAGGGAUAAUGUACCCCCUACUGUAAAUGAUAAGGAUAUUAGCAGUCACUGAGGGGUUCUGUGCCCAUAUAAAGGCACAAGGCUGCAGGCUGAGUUAUACAGGGAACUCUGAGUAUCACUCAUGUAUUAUAAGGGAUAAUGUACCCCCUACU